AUGAAAGAGAUGUGUGAAGUUAUACCAUCGAAUAAAGGAGGUGAUAAAAUCAAUGUUCAUGGUUUUCUAAUGACUAAAGAAAGUUGUCGCAAUCAUAUCUAUUACUGGUGUUGCGAUCAAAGAAAAUCUGAGGAUAAAAGUUGUCUAGGUCAUGCUAUUACAUACUUAUAUAAUAAUACACAUUACCUUCAAAAAGCCUCUGAACAUAAUCAUGCACCAGAAUUAUAUAAAGCUGAGGUUGCAAAGGUUAAAAACCAAAUUAAAAAGCAAGCCAAAGAAACGAGAGACAAACCUAUAAAAAUUGUUCAAGACAAUGUUAUUAAUACAUUAGAAGAAUUUCGGCCUUAUCUUUCAUCAUUAAAUACUCUGCGCAAGACAAUUAAUCAUGUUCGACAAGUAGAAUCAUCACCUCAACCGCAAAGUAUUGUUGAAUUAAAUAUGCCAGAAUCACUUUAA